AUGAAGUUUAUUCGUAAGUUUCCACCACUUUCUUCUAACAUUUCCAAUAGAGCUACCGAAACCUUGAAGGACACUAAAUUUUCCCUCAAAAUCUCACCAUCCGGUCUAUCUGCCAUCCAUCGUGAAUUUAUCAACUUUAUAAUUCCACAAGCAGACAUUGAUGAAUUAAAUCAAUAUGAUUUAACUAAUAAGGGAUAUUAUCUGAAAGUUCGUGUAAAGAAUUUGGGAGAAUUAUCAGUAACUCAGGGAGUGAAUGCUGCUAUGGAUGAAGCUAAUGUCAUUGUUGAUGAUCAACGUAAAUUCUAUGUUGAUGAAAAGACUGGAGAAUAUACCUAUAAAUAUAACAAACCAGCCUAUCUUGCAGAUGAUUAUGAGAAAAGUCCAAAGAAUAAGCUUACAAAGGCAGUUCACAAUUCAGCAGACUUUGGAACUGAUUCCACACGUAUCUGGCUUCACUUGUCAGGAAUUGAUGCCUCAGAAGAAGAUCCUUUUGAAAUCUUGGAUGCUGAUCAAAAUGAUAAGAGAAUCAUGCAUACCACUAAACCAAUCUUUAGAAAGAAGGAAAUGAUGAUCUAUGUCAAGAAGAAUGAUCCUCAAGCUAAAACACACAUUGCUAAUUUGCAUAUCAAGAUUCCAAGUGUUGGUGUUGAUACAGUUAGUGAUUUUGAUUUGACUACUUUGGGUACCCAUAUUUUGAUUGCUGUUUUAAAUGAAGGAUCCAAUGUUGAAAUUCAACAAAGAACAAACAAAAUGUUCGAUGAAAAAUACUUUAAUCCAGUUCACUAUGCAAAUGCUGAACAAGAAUACAAACAAAAAAAUAGAGAAAAGUCACUUGUAAAAUAUGAUGAUGAUUCCAAUUCUGGACCAGUUACUGAAACUCAAAUGAGAGCAGGCGAUUCUGAUUCAUUAGAUGAAGUGACUCUUUCUUUAUAUGUUAAUAAUAUUCCAGCUUCCAAAAAGGAACCAUUUACCAUUUAUAUCAAUGGUGAUGAAUUUUUCAAGAGUGAAGAAGAAAUUCCACUCACAAGAACUACUGUAUUGAGAGCUUCAUUUGAAAAACCACCACGUGGUGAGGAAUUGGUCAUUGAAGCUCGUUUCAAUAUUGAAGCUCGUGAUGUUGACACCAAGCAACAAUUUAACAUUACCAAAAAUGGUACAUUCAUGUUCUUUGGUAUCGAAAAAGUUGGAGACAGUGAACGUAUCCAAAUGAAACAACAACAUAAUGAUACUUUUGGACCAAAAUCUGGAGAAACUAUGACUAAAUCAAGUGGUGCUUCUGCUAGCUCAAAGAGUUCAACUGAACAAAUUCCAGUUUACUUCCAUUUGGCUGGUAUUAAUGCUACUGAACAAAAACCAUUCGAAAUUUAUGUUAAUGGUCAACAAAUUUACAAGCAAACUCAAGAUCUUGGAGAUAGAAUGGCCAUUGUAACUGGAAGAUUGCCAAAUGUUGAUGAUUUGAGAGUUACUGUUAAGGCAGUUUCUCUCCUCGAUGGUUUGGAAGAAGAAUCUGAAGUUAACGUCUCCAAGUAUGGUAAUUACAUCAAGUUGGAAGUUAGCAGUGAUCGUUCUGUUAUUGACAUUACUCAAUCAAAGAAUGCUGAAUUUGACAAUGCCACCAUUGUUGAUUCAAAGAAGAUGCCAAAAUCCAUUCCAAAAGUUACUCCUUCCACUACCUCAACAACUACAACUGCAAAGCCAGCAGCAUCAACAGGAGGAAGUGAAGAUUAUUUGGAUGUUUUGAAAAAGUUGGGUGAAUUGAGAAAGGCAGGUAUUUUGACUGAAGAAGAAUUCCAAGCAAAGAAGAAACAAGUUCUUGGUUUGUAA